UCUCUGCUACUGCUAAGAUAUCAAUCGCGCCAUUCCGAGCAUCCGAGUUGCUCUUCUACGUCGACGUUCAUCUCCGGCCACUAUUCAGAUGGAUUGGCAAGGGCAGAAGCUUUCAGAGCAGCUGAUGCAGAUUAUGCUCGUUGCCUUCGCCGUUGUGGCUUUCAUUAUUAGCUAUACCAUGGGUUCGUUCCAGAUGAUGCUGAUCAGCUAUGCUGCUGGUGUUGUUCUAACUACGUUGAUCACUGUCCCCAACUGGCCUUUCUUCAAUCGCCACCCUCUCAAGUGGUUGGAUCCUAUCGAAGCUGAGCGCCAUCCUAAGCCACAGCCUGUGACUUCAAAGAAAAAGCCCACCAAACAGCACCAGAAGUAGGUCUUUGCGAGAAAAUAUUGGCAUUUGCUAGAGAUUUCGUCUUCUAUUUUCUUUUGCAUGGAACCUCGUUUUGUUAGUGCUUAACAGUGGAUGCUUUUGUUUUGCCAUUG